AUGACGCCCGGCUGCAUCAAGACGUCGGCAGAAGUGCUCAGCCGAAUCAACUUUUCAGCGGAUCCCUGCGUCAACUUCUACAACUUCGCCUGUGGCCGCUACUCCGACGAGCACGAGGUGCCAGAGGAGGCGAAUUUCUGGUCCCAUCUGGACGAGGCCACGAAAAUGGGCUUUCUGAUGCGCCGCCGGAAGUUGGCCCAGGCCGUCUGGGAGCCGGCCGACGGACUCGACCUGUUGCUGGCGCAGCGCUACUUCGCCUCCUGCCUCAACACCAGCCACACGCCGGCCGGGCCUGCCGGCGACCCUCCGGCUCGGUUCGAGGCCUACCUGCGGCAUCUGCGCGCCGACUUUCAGGGCUGGCUGCUGCUGCCCGCCACCAGUUGGGGCUCGCGCACGCCGCCGGCCAACAGUCUCCUCCAACCGGCCAACUUCGACCUGGCCAGCCUCCUGAGCUCGUUGGCCGCCGCCAACGACCACAACCAGCCGCUGUUCACGCUCACCGUCAUCUCGGACGCCAACUCGCCCGCGGAGCCUCGAGUCGAGGUAGGCCGGUCGCGGUCGCGGUCGCGGUCGCGGUCGCUUUUUCCGUUCGGCCUCGGUUUCUGGGCUCGAGUCCCGCCGUCUGGGGGGCACAGACGAGCGCGGAAACUGUCGACGCGCGACGACGCAUUCCGCGCUGACGAGACCGGCGAUGCUUUGAAGACUCUUUCUUGUCUCAGUCGGUCGGACGCGCUGGCUCCGUCUCAUCGUGCCGAGUCGGCCGAUUGGACGGUUGCCAUGCGAUGA